AUGUAUAAUAUCCAGUCAUAUGAAUUCUACGACUCUUCUAAUCAAAAUCUACCUAUAAUAUACAGGGACACAAGUAAGGGUGACAGGAUUAAGUAAAGUAGUACUGACUUAGGCUUCCUUAAAUAUUCUUUCUUUAAAUCACUAACUUUGUUCAAACCUGCUGUUACCAUCAUUGUAUUUGACUGGCAGCAUUAAUCAGAUUCAAACUUUGAUUGGAAAGCAUAUGAAGCAUAAGUUUUAGCAGAAAUUAAGUCACACUAGGAUAAAUGCCCAGGUGCUAGACAAUCAAAGAUAGUUUUACUCAUUUUCCUGCCUUUAAACGAUUAGGGAAGUGUAGACGAAAAAAUAACAUCUUUAAAGAGAGCAGUAGCUUAGCGAGGAGAUGAUAAUAUUAAGACAUUUUUUUUGUUGACCACAGGAUUUGAGGGUCUUAAAAACAUAUCAAAGAAGUUUGUGAAAAUACUUAAUGAUCUAUCCUUCUAGCAUUAUAGAGAGAAGAAAAUGAAUAUCAAGAAAAAGCAAAAGAAAUUGAUUAAAGAUGAAAUUGGCAAUAUUAGAUAUAGCUUCAAACAUGGUAUAUUCUCAUCAUAUACAAAAACUGAUAUUGUUAAGCCUGUUAAGUAUAUGAAAGAAGGCUAUGUAUAAUUAAGAUAAAGUAUUGGUAACUCUGGUGUAAGAACCUCUUAUGAAGAGAAGAGGGAGAACGCUGAUUUAAUCACAAUUAAGAUAUGCUAAAUGCUGAUUUCAAAUGGAAGUCAUGCCGGGUUUAUAGAAAUGUAUAGACAGCAUUUAUACACCUACCAGACUAAAAUUAAUUUACUCAGAAAAGAAUAGAGGUUUGAGGAACUCAAAUGGCGAGCUAAUUGGAUGAGAAUAGUGGCUUAGUUCUUGGAAAUGCAUCCAAUAAAUGAAGAGAAACAAGAAUAUUUCCCUGGAUUCUACAAUGUAAAUUCAAUGAUGAUCCAGAUAUCUAGAAAACAGGAGUAUGAGAGAAUUUGCAGAGAAAAGGGCGAUGCAUUUAAUGGAAUCGAAGAUAUGAAAAAUAUGGUGCCAAAAUAUCAUAACUUCAUUGGAAAAGAUUGUGUGUUGCAAGAUAUGAGAGAUCCAUUAGGUGGGAAUCAAAAGACUCAAGGCGAUUAAAAGUCAUUAGUUGAGAAGUUUAAGAUCUACCUAGAAGGGCAGACUGAUGUGAAUUCAAUAAUAAUAGACUUCGCCUAGAAAGCAAUUCAGCAUUACAAGAAUAAAUCAAGGCAGUUAAAGGGUAACAGUGCAAGUGUUUUCAAAAGAGUUAUUCACUUUAUUAGUUAUCACAUAUCAGAACAUGUUCUUGCCAAGGAUGAUCCCACUGGAAUUAAAACUAAGAAAUAUAGAGGGUAAAUAGCUAGAUCAUUAAUCAAUGAGGGUUGGAUUUAAGAGGAACUAAUCAUAGUUGAAAGAGCGAAAGCUAACGCAUCUAAUAAUCUUGAAGAAUUCUUUUUAUAUGAGAUGGAAGUAUUAAAUCACGAUAAAGUUUUAACAAAUGAAGAGAGGAACGGAAGAUUUAUGGAUUUACUUAAUAAAGUCAGGUCAAGUCCAUUUGAUUCAGAAAAUGUUGAUGAUAAACCUCUACAUUUAAUUUCAUCAUUAAUUGGACCUAAGAUUAUUUGGUCUAGAGGAAAUUUCGAUUUAAGUACCAUUUAGGUAAAUAAAUACAAUAAAGUCAACAUAGAAAUCCAUAGUAAUCUCGAUGAUGAACUAUAAUUUAACAAGAUCAUCCUUAGAUUCAAUGAAAACACCCUCAAUCAAGAAAUUUUGGGAGAAUUCUAAUUAUCAAAGCAGUAACCUGUCAUUUUUACUAAGGAGCUAUAUAUUUCGAAAGAUAACUAAAUAACUAGAGAUUUUAUCUAGCUUUAAGAGAUACAGAUGAAUAUUUCUAAUGAUUCAUCGAAGAAUCAUGAUUUGUCUAUAAUUGUUAAGCCCUAUCUCAUUCCAGAGUAAAACUUAUUGGAGAUAGAUAAUAAGGAAAUUACUAGAAAGCCAGUAAGAGUUAAAGAUGCUAUAAAAUUUAAUAUUGAGCCAAUGCCCUCAAAGAUAAAGUUCAGCUUGAAAAAAGAUGAGAAUGAGGAUCAAGCUCUCUUAGGGGAUUAUUACAAUAUUUACUUUUAAAUGCUACCAGAUCACAUUACAAUCACUGAUUUUUGCAUGUUAAUUGAAAAUAUUGACUAAGAAGUACUCAACACAAAUGAUGGAUAACUUGUUGAUCAAAAUUUAAUGAUAAGUCAAUAAUUGGAAGAAUCAAAGCCUUCAUCAACUACUGUGUCGCUGAAUUCUUCAAUAAUGAAUAGUCCUACGAAACCUAUGAAUGUUAUGAGAUAAGGUUCUUCCUCAAACAUCCAAAAUGAUCCACUUGGCUUGUUUGAUUAACCUCUUGGUAGUUUGAAUUUUAGCAAAUAAAAAUCAAAUGCAUUUAAGGAUGUUGAGCUAUUCUAUGAAAUUAAUCCAGAUUCUGAUAGUAAUCAAAUUGAGAACUAGAAGCUUUAAGAAUUAGACUAUUCUUAAGAAAACCAUAAACUAUAGCUUCCUCUAGAUGCUAGAUCAAUUAGGAUUGCUUCCAAGUUUUAUCUUGAGUCUUAAAACUCAAUAAACAUUCUGUUUAGGUAUUCAUUUACUCAAAACUCAGAUAAGGAAGAUUAGAAACAAAUUAUGAGAUAGUAAUAUAGAAAAGCCCUAAAAAUAAAGAGUCAGAGUCCGUUUAAAAUAAGCUGGGAUAUCAAAAAUUCAGAUCCAUUUAUAUAAAAUCUCAAAUUGAGGAAUGAAUAAUUAUAGAUUGCUCCUCUUGUUGCUGCUAACAAUGAAGAAAGUUGGGUAGUAUGUACUCUGACUUCCCAGAGUUAAAGUAAAGUCAUUUAUUUGAAAAAGGUUGAUUUGCAUUUACUUUGCCCAAGCAGGGUGCAAAGACUUUAAUCUUUGGACGAUUAGGACGAUGAAGCAAUCAGAUUAGAGCCAGGAGAAUCUUUUGAGAAAGUAUUUAAAAUUAAGAUUAAUACUGAUUCAAGCAUUGAUGCCAAGAGCAAAAGUGAAAUUGAAUAGUUUUCUGAUCUAUACUUUAGUUGGUAUUCCCAACCAUAUGAAAAUGAAUCAAUUCCUUUAGGUAGUGGAGAAAUCAGUACUAAUUAAAAUCAAUUUAUUCAAUGCACUAUCCCAAGUCCAUCUAUCACUUUAAUAGAUAUUCCGAUUAAAAUCAAAAUACUCAAUGAAGCCUAAUUCUAGAAGGCAUUUUUAUACAAGACCAUCAAUCUUGAUCUUGAAGUUAACAAUCAAUCUGAUGAAGUGAUUGAUGCUGAGCUAUAGUUGGAGGAAUCAGAUGAUUUCUUUGUAGGAGGAGAGCUGAAAUCUUAGAUAUCCUUUAUGCCAGGAGAGAAGUACAUCUUUAGAUACAAUAUAAUUCCCCUUCAGAUUGGUAGACUCUCAUUGCCAAAGUUUAAUAUAUCUGAGAUCAUGGACUAGGACAGAUUGAUACCAAUCAUAAAAGGUUUUACAAAGAAAUGUUUGAUCAUUAAGUGA